AAAUGAUUAAUGAAUCAUGCACUAAUAUUCCUCUUCACAUGCAGCCGUGUAAAUUAGACUUUUCCACCGCUUCCGGACUUUUUAUUUGUGCUUUUCCAUGCAAAUGUCCGGCUUCUUCUUGUUUGAUUAUCAUCGGACUGAGAGUGUAUUUGGCCCUGUGUGGUCAGGCUUUUUUAUUCCUUCUUUUACUCCUCCUGCAGGGUGACCAGUUAUUUAUCUCAGAUCUGAGUGACUGCAUCUGUAACAGCCGCCCAGUUUUCCCACUGACGGAGGCAACGUGUUGGUGCCAGUUAAUCAUUUCUUGGUCUCUCCACACAGACUCUACCUACACCUUUUCAUUACGAGAAGAGCUCUCUGUGUGUUCAGACAUGUUGUUUAGGAUUUUCUGCUUGUUUCUUGUCCUUGGGUUCUGGGGUCCGGUUCACGGCGGGCCCCUGACAAACCCCCACCCCAACAUAACAGACCAGCAGCUGUUCUGGGGCUCCGACCAGUACGACUUCUCUGUGGUGCUUCCUGCUGCAGGGCUCGAGUGUUUCUGGCACUUUGCUCACCACGGAGAGAGAUUCUACCUGAGCUUCAUGGUCCAGUGGGUGAUGGGAGUCGGCCAUGACAGACACCUGUCUGUCACCGUCAACGCUCCCAGCAAUCUCUUAGUGUCAACCGUCGAUGACGCCAAGGGUCAGAUCAACUUUGAGGCCAAGGAAACAGGUUUCUAUCAGAUGUGUUUCAGCAACUUCCACAACCGCUUCGGCACCAUGCAGGUCUUCCUCAGCUUCGGCGUUUACUACGACGGCUACCAGGACCCCGCCAAGCGACAGGAUGAAGAGAAGAAGAAGAAAGAGGAGGCCGGCAAAGACCUGAACAACACGCUGAGCGUCAUAGAGCAUACGACUCACAAAGUGGAGUACUACGUCUUCCACAUGUUUCGCUACUACAACUUUGGCCGCAUGAGGAGCAGCGCCGACCACUUCCUGCUGCUGUCCAACUCGCGGUACAUCACCUGGUGGUCGGUCGCUCUCAGCCUCCUCAUCGUCACCUGCGGCUACCUGCAGCUCCUCUUCCUCAAAAGACUCUUCAUCACCAGGGCCAGCGCCGAGGAGGAGAAGCCUCGCUGCUGACACAGCGGUGUGAAUAAGCUGUGAUUUCUUCCUGUUGUUUGUGUUUGUGUACCUG